CAUUUUGACAUUAUUGACGUUUAUUCCGGAUUGUAAAUAUUGCAGUCGUCAGGUCUUCACUUCUAAAUCGCGAGUUUUUGAAAUGAAUGUGAAGUUUGAUCAAGUCCGCGCCAAACAGCAGCUUCUCUAUGUCUCAAUAAGCCUGUCGACUGUGCUGGCAUGCAUGGCUUACACAGCGCACGGGCACAGUUGGGUCAAAAUUGGCAAACUCUCCGAGUCCCUUAUCAUUCCGAUCCUGCUCGUUGGAGAACUGCUGAAAAUAUUCCUCACCAAUUACUUCAACAAAAACGAUAAAGAGAUUGUUCCGCAGAAGCAGAAACGGAAAUCAUCACUCCCAUCGGCUGGCAACGUUUUCAAGGGGAUUUUCAUUCAAUCCGUGUGCACAAUGCUGUACGCCUUCACCUGCGUUAUUCUGGGAGCACCCGUCGUGGGGAGUUACGAGGAGACCUUCGUGCUGUCCAUUGUCCUUACGCUGCUAACCGUGACGCCAACUGUGCUCCUGCUAGGCGCCAGUGGUGCGCUUCAAGCGGUUUUCUGCGAAAAGUCGGAUUUACUAACAAAAACUGAGGACAUCGCUUUGGAUUUGAACAAGCAUCACGCAGCUGGCGCGAUCCUAGGGGCCUGGGCGGGCUCAAUCGUUGCCCCUUUGGACUGGGACCGGGACUGGCAAGCUUAUCCAAUCCCAAACGUCAUGGGAGCAGUGUUCGGGUACGGAAUGGCAAACAUCUACAUGUGCUCGAAGGUGUUAUUCAAGACGGGGAAAGUUUUCAUAACGAAGAAACGCUCUUAGACGUUAUUUUCCGGCACUGCACCAUCCAUUUUCCGGCAAGUGGCAAUGAUACUUCAGAACGAGUGGUUAUUUUCAGUAUUUAUUUAAUCCUAAGUUAUUUUAUUCACACAAAACAGUCAUAGAAUAAAGAUUUUUCAUUGU